AUUAUAGGUAAAAUGGAGAAGAGGACUAAGUACAGUUUGAAAGAUUUUAAUAAGCACAAGAAGAUAGGGGAAGGAGCUUUUGGACAGGUUUAUUUGGUGGACAGUAAGAGGGAUGGUCAGACUUAUGUUCUAAAGCAAGUGAAAACAUCGAAGAUGACAGCACAGAAGAUUGAAGAAGCUCAGAUGGAGACAAAGAUCCAUAAGACUUUGGAUAACCCGUAUAUAUAGUGAAGUACAUCACCCACUUUAUGGAAGAUAAGAUGAUUAAUAUCGUUCUGGAGUACUGAGAUGGAGGAGAUUUAGCCAAGCAUAUAAAAGCACAGAAUAAGAAACAUCUCAAUGAGAAAGAUAUCUGGAAGUUCUUUAUUCAAGCAUGUCUUGGCCUUCAGUACCUCCAUACAAGGAAGAUUUUGCAUAGAGAUAUUAAAACCAUGAAUCUCUUCCUCAUGAAAGAUGGAGCUGUUAAGAUUGGAGAUCUGGGAGUGGCUAAAUCCUUGCAGAAAGUGAACUUUGCACAUACUAUGGUUGGUACGCCAUAUUAUUUAUCACCAGAACUUAUUGAAGAAAAGGCAUAUGACCAUAAAUCUGAUAUCUGGUCAUUAGGAUGAGUUCUUUAUGAGCUUUGAGCUUUAGAUUACCCAUUCAGAGGGACUACCCAGGCUACUCUUUUAAUGAAAAUUAUUAAAGGGAAAUAUGAUCCAAUACCAGUUAAAUACAGCAAAGAUCUUUCUGAAUUGAUUUCCAAAUGUCUCAGAAAGGACACAAGGAAGAGACUAUCAAUCCAUCAGAUUUUAGAAGAAGAUUCUGUUAAGAGAAAAGCAAGAGAACUCAACAUUACUAUCCCUAAUAAGGAGGAUAUUUUGAAAAGAUUUGAUACACAACGGAAUGAAGUGAUUAACAAGAUCAUCGUAGAAAAAUCAGACCAUGAUUUAGGUCUCAUUGGAUCAGCACCCAAAAAAAAAACUAAGAAAGGUCUGAAGACAAAGUCAGGUACCUCUAAAAACCCGAUCAGUGACCAGAAGCUGAAAAAGUCUGAAUAUCUGAAAGCCUUAGAGGAAAAGAAGGAGGAACUUGAAGAUCUCUUGAUGAAGCAAUCUAGUACAAAGUUGAAUUAUAGAGAUAGUCUUUCUUCAGUGGAAGAUCCACAAAUUGUUAAAGGAAAAUCCCAAGAUAUCAAUAAGACCAAGACUGCUACUUCUAAGAGUAUGAAGAAAGGCAAUGCAACUACCAAAGGAAUACAUUCGGCUUCUCCAAUGAAGAGUAGAAAAUCUAUCAAGCAAAAAACUAUUAAAAUGAAGAAGAAGGAAGUCAAAGAUGUUGAAAAUCUUCCUGAUCUUCCUAAUAAUGAAGAUGAUGGCUAUAAUGAAAAAGAGGAAGUUAAAUCAGCAUCUCAACUCUUAGCUGAAAUGAAAGCGAGUAAAGCAGGCAAAAGGAAUUCCUUGCUUUAUCCAGAAGAAGCUAAAAAAGCUAAACUCGAAGAAAGGAAGAAAGCUACUUUGAAAAAGGAAUCUAAGUCAACUGCUGUAACCACUAAAGCUCGUGCUGGACAGCAGAAAAUAUCCGAUGCUGAUUUUGAUGAUUUAUUGACCGGUAAAUCCAGCAAGACGAAGAAAAAUGAUGAUGAUGAGCUUGAGGCAAUGCUCUUCAACAAACCUUCUCAAGAGGAAUCUAAAUCUGGAUUUUCCUCCUAUGUUCAAGACAGCAAGAAAGACGAGCCAGAAGAAGAGAAUGAAGAUCCCUCAGAUGAAGAGGCAGAAGAGGAUGAAGAAGGCAAGGAUUUUGACGAUGACGAUGAUUUGUUCAACGAUAGAUUCAGUGACGAUGACAUGAUCACAGCCUACAACUUCACAGAUACCGACUUCGAUGUUAACAACAGAAUAGGCUUUGAUAUGAAUGUGGACACUGAAUUCAACCGCUCUCUUGAGUCUAUCCCUGAAGAUGAUGAAGAAACCGAAGAGGAAAAGCAGAGAAAGAAGCUUGAAAUGGAGAUCAAAGCCCAUGAAACACGCAUUAAGGAAGCGGAGACAGAACAGAAGCAGAAAUGGAACCAUAUUCUACAAUAUUGUAAUCAUGACAAGAAGAAAGCAGAUGAUUGAUAUCAAUAUGCUUCCAAGAAAGAGUCAGAGCAGGAUGAAGAAUUAGAGGAUUUGUCUUCUGAAAUCCAAAAUUAUGUCGAAAAAGCAGGUGUAGAGCAUUAUGAAAAUAUGGCAUUUGAAUUGUUCUGAUACAUUAUUAAGGAAACGGACAUUAAAGAUUUGAAGGAUGAUUUAGAAGCAGUAAAGGAAAGACUCGAGCUGAUCUAAAUACAUAUUUGGGCAUCCAUUUAGAAUUCUAUAAAAAACUACCAAUCUGG